UAUCUGAACACGUCGACUGCUGGCAACAGGAUGAAGCUGGAGCUUUCCCGAGUGCUUCAGGGAGGUAGUCGGCUGGGUGUGUUGAAGGGGCUUGGCAGGACGGGACAGCAUGCUCUUGAAGUCCCGGGGUGUCUGUUGUACACACACUUCGGGACAGUGCCCCACCUUACCCAGGACACACUGCACAGCCUCAGCAACCUACCGUCCGUCACACAGGUCACCCUGUCCAAUAUAGCAGAACACCAAGAAGUGAUGGAGGAGUUUAAGGACGGAUUCUCCAAGUUUUCAGGUCUUCAUGACACUGUGUUGUAUUGCUCUCUGCACGACCCUGCGACCCAAUGCCCGACAGGUUACACCACAAAUAAGACGGUGUCAGUGUGGGGCAGCGGGGGGCGAAUAGAGCUGACAGUGGACAAGUUCAUGGCGCUCCAGAAGGCUGUGAAGCCAGACUGGUACCAGAGCAUGGCAGAUGGAGAGACCUGGCAGAACAACACCUCUCGGAAAAGGGUCCGCAAGUCGGUGGAUCGAACUCUGGCUCACUUGGAUGCGUGUCUGCUCGUGCACCGGAAAUCACAGGAGUUGGAGGGAGUGGAGGUGUUCGGUGUUGUGGAGGGGGGAGACAUCCUGGAAGAGAGGCUGCGCUCAGCCAGAGAAACUGCCAAGAGGCCUGUGGCUGGAUUCUGCCUGGAUGGCCUUCAAAUGGGGGCAAUUGAGCAGAACCUGAGGACCCAGCUCAUCACAGCUGUGACCAAAGAGCUGCCUGAGGACAAACCCAGACUGCUGCAGGGCGUAGGACGACCUGAUGAGGUGCUGGCGUGCGUGGAGGUCGGCGUGGACCUGUUUGAGAGUUUCUUCCCCUUCCAGGUGACGGAGCGGGGCUGUGCUCUCGUCUUCAGCUUCGAUAUCUCCCCGGAUCCAGAGCGCGCAGGUAGAGCGCCCCCUAAAGUGCUGGAGCUGGACGAAGAGAGGAACAGAGUGGGGGAUAAGCAACAGAACGGAGAUCUGAACCUUGAUGAUCAAACACAGAUGACAUCCUUUGAGAUCAAUCUCAACGACAAGAGGUACCAUGACGACUUCAGACCCCUGGUGGAGGGGUGUGGCUGCUACUGCUGCAAAAACCACCAGAGGGCAUACCUACACCACCUGCUGGUGACCAAUGAACUGCUGGCUGGAGUCCUGCUCAUGAUCCACAACACGGCCCACUAUCACGGCUUCUUUGGCGCCCUCAGAAACGCUCUGGCCGUUGAUAAAAUGGACCUCCUCAAGAGACGGGUACUUAGGGAGAGAAAGGACUUGGACGGAUAAAUCAGAGAGCAAUAGCAGAAUGAUUGAUCUAGCUGUUCCUCAAAAGAUCACUGCACUCCGCCAGAGUCAAACAGAGCUCUAUCUCGCUCUUCCCAGUUCAUUCAGGAUCAACUGUGAUACGGCGAAUACCUACCAGAACAGAUAAAGACAACAGUCGAAUGAUUGUCUCUUGAGGAGGGCUUAUGUAUUGAUCUGAGCUGAUAGCCAGGAAUCAGAGAGCGGCAUUUUGGGGACAGAGAGGGAAAGAAGCAGGGUGAGAGGUCGAGAGGAAUCUGCAUAAAGAAACAAUGUGAUGGAUGGUGGUGGAAUAUCGACUUCGAGCGGGUCUCUAUGUGCCUCCUGUUGUUGUCUGAUUGCUGGUCAGCGGCUGACUAACAUCCUUUGGACUCAUUAGCAUAACAGUAAAGACAAAGUAAAAAAUAUUGAGUUUUGAAAGAGCGAAAAAUUGAGUGAUAGGUGCUGAUCAUCUCCUGUUUUAUAUUAAAAUUCCAAUCAUAUAUAAUGUGGUUUAUUUCUGGCUUUGAUGUGCUUUUUGUCAUUUCAUACAUUAUUUAUCCGCCUCUGUGAUGUGCUGUGGGAAUAUUUGCUAUGUCUCAGUUGAAUACCUUAAUAGAGAAAGCAUCUCACACACACAUGUAGAUUGACUCCAGCGUGUAUGAUGAGAUUGUGUUCGCAUCAGACUCACGGAUGCCGUGGUCGGUGUCUCUGGUGGGUUUCAGGGGGGGGUUAACUGAAGGCUCGUGCUGACAGCUCUACUAUUCCAGCUGUGGUGGAAGGGGAAGGAUAAAGAUCAAAUAAAGAUAUGGGUCUCUUCCGCCUCCUGUGCAGGCUUCUUGAAGGUUAAGAGAUAUAAUUGACUGCCAGGCGAUGUGGAGGUCCAUGGGGGACGUGGGGGAGAGAGAGGGACUGGAGAGUCUGGUGGGAUUAUGGAUCAGCAAUGAGGACUUUAGUGGUACUUUUGGAUUACCUUUACCACACUGAGCAAAAAAACAGCUAGAAGAGGGUUGAUUGUAGGUGAGCUGCAUAAAUACUUGAGAAUAAUGUUAGUAAAACGGAUCUGAAAGAUGAAGACUAAAGAUUGAACAAAUUAAACUCUGAAUUAAAGCAGUGAGUGACCUGGA